CCUACUUGCAUCCUUAGAGAGGUAUGAAUCCUUCUUCUCUUUACGAAACAUUGCCAAAAUGAGUAUUAUGGAAUAUAAUGGUGGAUCCUGCGUAGCCAUGGCAGGAAAAAACUGCGUGGCUAUCGCAUCUGACUUGCGUUUGGGUGUACAAUCUAUAUCCUUGGCGAACAAUUUUCCAAAAGUAUUCCCUAUGACUGACAAGACGUAUUUGGGCCUUACAGGCUUUGCUAGUGAUGUUCAGACGCUUUAUGAACUAUUCCGUUAUAAAGUAAACAUGUACAAAUUCCGUGAGGAGCGUCAAAUUGAACCAAAAACCUUUGGUAAUCUGGUGUCCACCUCUCUUUACGAAAAAAGAUUCGGACCCUACUUUUCUUUCCCAGUUGUAGCUGGUCUUUCUAAAGACGACAAUCCUUUUAUUUGCGGUUUCGAUUCCAUUGGAUGUAUUGAUUUCGCCGAUGAUUUUAUUGUGAGUGGUACAGCCGUAGAACAACUUUAUGGUAUGUGUGAGUCCGUGUAUGAGCCCAAUCUCGAGCCUGAAGAUUUGUUUGAAACUAUCUCCCAAGCUCUUUUAAAUGCUCAAGAUCGUGAUGCAAUUAGUGGCUGGGGUUGCCUUGUCUAUGUCAUUACACCCGACAAAUGCAUAAAACGACUUGUUAAGGGUCGUCAAGAUUAAAUUCCGUUUAUGAAUGCCUACCUUUUUUACUUGGCUCGUUUGAAUUGUUUUAUUGUAAUGUGCAAGCACAUACUAUGACAUGUUCUUGAAAAAAGAUUGAUACCUUUUUUAUGUGCUGUUUUCCUUCUUCUUUUACCAUCCUUUCUCCACCUACUUUCCAUAGAGCUCUUCAUCAUUUACUCAACUUUACUUUACUUUAUUUUACGCUUGACGCUUUUGUCUUAUUUUUUCGUGUAGUAGUAUCAAGCUAAUCGUAACCGUUCCUAGUAUGCAUUCCAAGUCUUCUUACUUUCGCUUUCAAAGAUGUAAUCCAUG